UGGGCCGAUGCGGCGGCGAGAGGCGGGCUACGGCGGCCGGCGGGGGCCUGGGCGGGCGCGGAGCGGAGGGACCGGCACCGGGCACCGGGAACCGGGGUCGCCAUGGAGUACGUGACCGCCGAGCAGCUGGCCGGCUUCGGCAAGUACAAGUACAGUGCCGUGGACAGCAACCCCUUGUCUCUGUACGUUAUGCAUCCCUUCUGGAACACGAUAGUGAAGAUCUUCCCUACCUGGCUGGCCCCAAAUUUGAUAACGUUUUCUGGCUUCCUGCUGCUUGUCUUCAACUUCUUCCUCAUGGCAUACUUCGACCCUGACUUUUAUGCUUCUGCCCCUGAUCACCAGCACGUUCCGAAUGCGGUGUGGGUCAUCGUGGGUCUCCUCAACUUCAUUGCCUAUACAUUAGAUGGUGUUGAUGGGAAACAGGCUCGCCGGACCAACUCCAGCACACCCCUGGGAGAGCUCUUUGAUCAUGGCUUGGACAGCUGGGCAUGCGUGUACUUUGUCGUGACAGUCUACUCCACCUUUGGACGGGGCUCCACGGGUGUCAGUGUCUUCGUUCUCUACCUCCUCUUAUGGGUGGUCUUGUUUUCGUUCAUCCUCUCCCACUGGGAGAAGUAUAACACAGGGAUUCUCUUCCUGCCCUGGGGAUAUGACAUCAGCCAGGUGACCAUUUCAAUUGUCUACAUAGUGACAGCCAUUGUGGGAGUUGAGGCCUGGUAUGCACCUUUCCUGUUUAAUUUCUUAUAUAGAGACCUAUUCACUGCAAUGAUUAUUGCCUGUGCACUCACUGUGACGCUGCCGAUGAGCCUCUAUAACUUCUACAAGGCCUAUAAAAAUAACACCUUGAAGCACCACUCCGUGUAUGAAAUCAUGCUGCCACUGGUAUCCCCAGUGUUGCUGUUCCUGCUCUGUACCACGUGGAUCUUCAUGUCCCCAACAGACAUCCUGGAGGUCCAUCCCAGACUCUUCUAUUUCAUGGUUGGAACAGCCUUUGCUAACAUUUCUUGCCAACUGAUUGUCUGUCAGAUGAGCAGCACACGCUGCCAGCCUCUGAACUGGAUGCUGCUCCCCAUAGCAGCGGUGCUCUUCGUGGUCAUGUCCGGGUUCGCGCCAAACAGCGAAACACUUCUCCUCUACUUGUUAACUGCUUUCCUCACCCUGGCGCACAUCCACUAUGGAGUGGUCGUGGUAAGCCAGCUGAGCAGGCACUUCAAUAUACGGCCCUUCUCCUUAAAGAAGCCCACGCCAGAUUGACUAGGAGUGGAGGAAGAGAAAAUCGGCUUGCGGUCUGCAGAAGUACUGUAAAUAACUGCUGCAAAUACCUGUAAAUACUUCAACCAUCACCACAGAUCUAAACCUAUCCUCUGGACAGACAUCAGGGCAAAGUACGCACGGUAUCCAGUGCAGCCAGGGCAGGACUGGUGCGGGGCAGCCCCUGCUGCUGUUUGAAUGCAAGCUUUUGGUUUUGGGUGAAACUGGACGAGGAGGGUAGCCUUUCAGUUCACUAUUACUGUAUAUUAGACCAGCUGAAUGUUCCCAGUGAAACCUCAGACUCCAGCUCUUGCUCAGGUAAAGCUGGUUGGGGAUGCAAAUGGCUUUACCUGAGCAAAGCAUCUUGACCUGUCACCAAAACCAACAUAACAGCUGAUUUCUACAAGGUCGGGGAACAUCCUGAUGGUCGGGGGAGAUCCUGUCUGUCCCUAAUCCUGCUAGACAGCCCUUGUCCUGGGCUGGUACUUAGGGAGCAGAUGGCGACAGUUCUCCAGCAUUCUGUCCUGCCUUCCUGCAUUCACCUAUUUGGGCAAAUACUUGCACCUUUUUUUUAAGAGGGGAAAAAAAGAACAACACACAAAACAUCUAGUAAUAUUCUACUUGGGGGGCUUAGAAAAUCGGGGCUUAGUUUCCCGUAAGAGUGGGAAGGUGGCUUCUGCGUACCUCCACUCGAGCUGAGGGUACCUGGGAGCACAUCUGGACUGUGUUCCUGUCUGUCCAUGUGCGUUCCCUGCCUGGAAGUGGGGUCUGGGCUCUGAUCGGCAGCAGAAAGUGGCUUACGCCAGCCUGCCUAACUCCCCCCUCUUCCUACCAGGAUGAACUUGCUGUUUCAGGUCGGCUCUGCUGGGUCAUUGCAUGCUGCCUGAGCCUCUUCUUUUGUAGCAGUGCAGCCAGGCUCAGUCUGCACAUCUCCCUUCCCGCCAGACCAUCAACGGCAGCAAAUCCACCGCUUGGAGAAGCACCUUAAUAAGUGUUGUGUUGGUUGUGUGUGCACUUUCAGAAAGCUGACAGACGUGUGUGUGGUGGGGUCCUUCCAAAUAUACUAUAUUUUUCAAAACCAGUGUCCUCAGCGGCUGCAUGUCUCAUCCAGGGAUAUAUUUGUUUACUGUCCAUUUGUAAAAGACAUGUUUGCAUUGACUUUUUGGUUUUUUUUAAUUAGUUUUUCAAUUGAGUUAGAGUGGGGUGGUGAAGACUGAAUGCUGAUUUUCUUUUCGGUUCACUUUAUUUAAUGAAGACCUGUGCUUGAAUGAAGAGUGUAGCUUAAACCCAGGCUCUGGAAAGGCUGCAUCCGGAAGCGAACAAGCACAGCAGAUUGUGCAUAUGUAAUCUACCGUGGGAACAAAGUCGCUUAUACACUGAUUAUUGUGCAACGUGGUUCGUAGAAGCUUGGUCACAGCAUUUUCCUUCUGCAGGUGAAGACCCCUCCUGCUUUAGGAAACCUGCAAACUGUAACUGCUAUUUAAUGCUUUUUCUUUUGUAAAUUUGAAUCAUUGUCAUGCCGCCUAUGAGACUUGAAAUCCUGAGGCAAGCUCACACAUUCACCGCGCAUGGGGUGCAACGUCAGGGUUGCUCGGUCACGGUACACCCUGCGAGGAGCGAGCUGGUGUGUUCAUCUGGGCUGACAUCGUGGGAGGGCUCGGCUGAACGUCUGUAUGCUCAUGUGUCUGUACGGCUAUGACGUGUCUGGGAAGGGUGGCUAAUCUGGGAGAGGGGGCAAAUGGUUUUCAGAGUUUAUUUAAUAAAGUAGCUUACUCCUAUAUAUUUUACUGAUGUUGUACAGAGAAAAAACCUAAGUGUACGAAUGACUUGGGCUGUGCUUGAAUUUUUGACUCUUGCUAUUUAAUGAAAUAUAAUUAUGAAGGGAGAUGAAUUUAAGUCACACUUGCACAAGAAUUACAGGGAAUCUUAAAACGGGACACAACACUUAUCUGAGCGUGUCCCAUAGACAGCAAAAUUGUGCUAGCAGCACUGACAAAAAGUGGAGGUUGGAUGAUUUACUUUGUAGUUAUCUAGAUCCUGUAGUACUAGAUCCUGUAGUCUGCAGGACCAGGGAAUAACUGAGCUGUUCCCUUAGGCUUUCAGUGAGCUCUGGGGUCCCAAGCUUGGAGCUUGCGUUGUCCCGUCUCUUCCCACUAGUGUUGCUGGGCCCUGAAGACUGGGCUAAUGCUGUGAGAAGUUGUCCAAUCUGAAAUCUUAGGAUGUCACUUUGUCUCAGUAAUACACUGUUUGUCUGUUGUCUCACUUAGCUGUGAGCUGGUGUGCUUUUGCAGCACGUAAUAUACCCUGAAAAACCCCUUUGUGAAGUUACAAACAUGUGGAAGCAGGGCUUCCUCUCUAAAAUCCUGCAAAUAUUUGUCAUGGUGUAGGAGAAAGAUCUCUCUUAAACUGGAACCACUUCCUAUCUGCACAGGCUUUAUCUUUGGAGAGUCCUGGAUUUUUGGUGCCUUAAUUUAUUGCACCUUGAAGCUAGAAAAAUAUCUCCUUAAAUCAGUGCUGGAAAAUAGGCUCGCUUGUCUCUAGUGCCACCAGGCUUGUGGCAGAGCGAGGGGAGAGCAGACCUGAUCUCAGUGCACAGGUAACUGUUCCUGACUCAUGCUGCUGCGAAGCUGGGGUAGGGGUGUUCUGUUUGGGCUGCUAGAAAUUAAGUGAUUCCUGCUCCCAGAUUCUGGUGGGAGUGGAAACAAACAAAGACCAAACCAUCUUGCCAUGGUGGGGUGUGGCAUGCUGAGAAACAAACUAUUUAUUAAUAAUAAUGGUUUUAAGUCUUAAAAAUAAACGUAUUCCUUGCUAACAGCA